CGCUCCCACCACCCUAAACAUUCAUUAAUUCUGCAUUAGAAGCCUACAUGGAGUCCAAGCUAACACCUGCAGCCAAAAUGCAGCAGCAACCCAUUGUAGGUGAGAAACUGAAGUUCUCAGCAUCUGAAGACGGUGUGAUGUUAAAGCAAAUUCAGGCAAGUCAUGCUCCCGACGGGCGUGUCAUAAAUGUCAGACCUCUUCUGCGUAUCGUUGAAGACAUCUUCAAUCGUGCUGCGCCAAGUGCCAUUGUUGCACCGGCACAUACUGAAGAAGUGGAAGACCAGACCUACCAAGCCGAUGUCAUUGACAUGAUUGAGGCUUUGUCGUUUCUCAUUGAUCGGAUUUCCAGCGAGAUUGCGUUCAAAUGCACUGAAACUGGGGAAGCACAUGCAACUACAAUGUCCAUAUUGAACAUCGUAUCCAACUAUCCUUGGGAUGCCAAAUUAGUGAUAGCUUUAUCGGCUUUUGCAGUUAAUUAUGGGGAGUUCUGGCUCCUUGCCCAGAGUUACACCUCAAACCAACUAGCCAAAAAUCUGGCUAUCCUCAGACAAGUACCUGAAAUCUUACAGCACUCUAGCAUGCUGAAGUAUCGGUUUGAAACUACUAAAAAUCUCAUCAGAGCUAUGGUAGACAUUGCCAAGUGUAUAGUUGACUUUAAGGAGCUACCAUCGAAGUACAUUUCAGCUGAUGUCACUGCAAUGUCCACAGCCAUGGACCAUAUACCAAUUGCUAUCUACUGGACUAUCAGAAGCAUGUUGGCAAGUGCAUCUCAGAUUACUGGCCUCUCAGGAUUUGGGAAUGAGUAUCUUUUAUCCACUAUGGAGUCCUGGGAGCUAUCAAGCUUGGUUCACAAGCUUGAUAGCAUGCACAGCCACCUAGUUGGUCUGCUAUCUGCCUGCCAUAAGCACAUAGAUGAAAGAAAAUUUUUAGAAGCCUAUCAGAACCUUCUGUAUUUGUAUGAGACAGCCCAGAUUGACAACAUUAAGAUUCUUAAGGCACUGAUUAACCCAAAGGAUGAUCCACUACCACUGAUUCAUGGAGCCACAAACAGAAGGGUUAAUAUUGAUGUUCUAAGGAAAAGAAAUGUUCUACUGCUCAUAUCAGAUCUAGACAUCUUGCAAGAUAAGAUUGCCAUUCUUGAACAGAUAUACAAUGAGUCCCGGAGCCAACCGUCAAGGCUGGAAAGUCAAUAUGAGUUUGUGUGGCUCCCAGUGCUAGACCCAUCUGUGCCAUUGUCUGAAAUCAAGAAAGAUAAAUUUGAGAAUUUAAAGGCUCUUAUGACAUGGUACACUUUGCAACACCCUUCACUGAUUGAUCGGGCAGUGUUCAAGUUUAUCAAGGAAGUGUGGCAUUUUGAGAAGAAGCCUAUUCUUGUGGUUCUAGAUCCACAAGGACGGGUCACAUGCCCAAAUGCACUUUACAUGAUGUGGAUUUGGGGUUCUUUGGCCUUCCCUUUCACCACUGAAAGGGAAACUGCUUUAUGGAGGGCAGAGACUUGGAGACUUGAGUUGCUUGUGGGUGGCAUUGAUCCUGUGAUUCUGAACUGGAUAUCAGAAGGAAGAUUCAUAUUCCUGUAUGGAGGAGAGGACAUGGACUGGAUUAGAAAAUUCACAAACGCUGUACGCACUUUUGCAAGAGCUUCUGGUCUUUCCUUGGAAAUGGUUUAUGUGGGAAAAAGCAAUCCAAAGGAACGUGUCAGCAGAAACAUGGCUACUAUUACUGCAGAAAAGCUCAGCUUCUGCUUGCCAAACCUGACUGCAGUUUGGUACUUCUGGAUUAGGAUAGAGAGCAUGUGGUACUCCAAGUACCAACUUGGCAAAGAAGAUGAGAAUGAUCCUAUAACUCGGGAAAUCAUGACAUUGCUUACAUAUGAUGGCAGUGGAGAUGGAUGGGCUUUGCUUAGUAGAGGUUCAGCAGAGUUGACAAGAGCCAAGGGAAGUGCAUUUUUAACUUGCUUAACGGAGUAUAAUCUGUGGGCAGCGGACCUGCAGACAAAAGGUUUGGUGCCAGCAGUGCAUGAUUACUUUUUACAGCAUCCAGCCCCACAUCAUUGCAACCGACUUGAGUUACCAGGUACUACUGGUAGAAUUCCAGAAAGAGUGACCUGCUCUGACUGUGGACGUAUGAUGGAGAGGUACAUCCUGUACCGGUGCUGCGAUGAAUAAAGGAACAUAAGCAUAGAUGCUGCUAUGCUACUAUUGAUGAUGAACUGAUAAUAAUGAUGAGAAGAUGUUCCUUUUAUAUAUUAAAGGCUUGCAAUAAUUUAAACAAGUAUGAGCUUUAAGAAACUGUGUGCUUGUAUUUGAUAUUUCUCUCUCAAAUUGCACCAUGUAAGAAAAUAUCUGAGUUAAACCUUGUGGUUUAACAUACAGAUAUUAUGUGAGUUCUGUAUUAAGAUAUAAUAACAAGUCUUUUGAUUACAGU